UAAAGCCUUGUGACAGCUCUGUAAUCCAGUCUGAGCGCAGAUCGGAUCAGAAAAUUGGACUAAAAAGAAAAAAACUAUUCAAGGAGAAAUAGAAAUAACAACUUGAAGAAUGAAAGCAAUAAGCCCCGUGCGGUCCUUCCGGAAAAACGCCGUGAAUUUAACGGAGCACGCGCUGGGAAUCUCGCGGAGCAAGACCCCGGUGGACGACCCGCUCAGCCUGCUGUACAACAUGAACGACUGCUACUCCAAGCUGAAGGAGCUGGUGCCGAGCAUCCCGCAGAACAAGAACGUCAGCAAGAUGGAAAUCCUGCAGCAUGUCAUCGACUACAUCCUGGACCUGCAGAUCGCGCUGGACUCCAGCGUCGCGCUGAGCAGCCUGCAUCACCCCGCGCGGCCGGGGCAGACUCCAUCCAGGACCCCCCUGACCACCCUCAACACAGACAUCAGCAUCUUGUCGUUACAGUCCCCGGAGUUGCCAUCAGAGCUGAUGACAGAUGACAGCCGGACUCUGCAUCGUUAACGCGGUGUUUGGUCAAAAA